UUGUUACUCAAUGUGGACCAAAAGUUGUGUGAUCAUUGUAAGGAGAAUCAUUUGAAAGUUGGAACCUUUCAGUUCUAAAACUCAAAGUCAAAAGCUUUGUGGUUAUGUAACUUCUGUGAUAAGCCCGGCCCAUUACUUAUCUUGGCACCAGAGGAGAGACGGAGAUAGAGGCGCUGAAGCAGCAAGUGGUCAUAUGAAGUGCAAAGAAGAUAAGGCUUGGCUGAAACGUUUUCAGAGCUGUAACAAUGGCUCUGUCUCAUUCCACGGUUGUUUCACAUGGUUGUAGUCUUCCUCUGUGUAGAUAUUCAAAGCUUCAUCUUCUGAGCUCACCUUCUUAUUUGCCACUUCAUUUCAAUAAAAACGUAAAGAGAUUAGAAUCUUUUCAUCUUCCACCUCCAUCAGCUGCAGCUGCUGCUUCAUCCUACUUUCCUAUCGACGUUGAGUAUCUCAAGCGAGAGUUCUCUGGCCAUGGAGCCACUUUCGAGGAUAUUGGUGAGACAUGUGUUGCCAAACUGAAACUAGACAAUGGAAGUUCAGCCAAUGUGAUGCUGACACGUGGCAUGGUGACAUCGUACAAAGUCAAAGUCUGGCACGGAGGCAAAGUGGAGCUUCUCCACACAUGGGUGGAACAAGAACAAGAACAGGAAGAAGUAGUGAUAAGAGGAGGUGUUUCAUCAGCAUUUAGCUCAUCAGAUGACACUGAAGAAUGGAGUCUCCAUGGUAUCACUGGAGAUUCAGAGAAUUGUGUUCAAGUGGAACUGAGAAGAAGUGACAAGAAGAUCAAAGAGAUUGAGAUGAAACAGAUUAUAACUCUGAGAGGAGACACACUAAGUAUUGAGCUUUGUGUGACAAACAAAGGAGUUUCACCAAUCAGUAUUAAAGGCUGUUCGCUUGUAAGUUAUCUGACAGUGAGCACACCAGAAGCUACCUAUGCAGUUGGGUUGGAAGGUUCAGAUUUUGUGGAGAAGACUCCUUUUCUCCCUCGUUUCGGUUUGGUUCAAGGCGAAGAGGAAGAAGAAGAUAAAUAUGGGUUGAGUGGGGAAGAAGAGAGCAACUACAAACAGUUGAGUGAAGAGAUGAGUAGGAUUUACACACUUGCUCCAAGUAGCUUCACUAUUAUCGACAGGGGAAGAAGGAACUCAGUGGUAGUGGGAAGAGAAGGGUUUGAGGAAGUGUAUAUAUACAGCCCUGGUUCCAAACUUGAGAGUUACACAAAGUCUGCUUAUGUCUGUAUUGGACCAUCUUCAUUGCUAAACCCAAUCUCUUUGGAUCCUGGCUGUGUUUGGAGAGGUUCUGUUACUACAAGAUACCGAGGACUGGUGGUCAAAAUCAGUUUCACAGUUUCCGUCUGACCUAUGAAGAACCAAAUGAAACUUAUAAUGCAAGAAACACAGUUGAUGAUGAUGAUGAUGCUUCUCCUGAGGACUGGUUAUUGCGGUGCAUCAGUUUCAAUAGAAGUGCCACUUAGUGAGUUGUUUCACAAGGAGUUAGCGAAGAGGUCAGUUGAGCAUUUGAAAGACAAGAGACGCAAGCGAGCUCGUGAGGAUGACGAUGAGAGAUUCUUAUGAUGAUAUUACAAUUUCUCAGCUGGGCAAAUGUAGAAAGAAAACUUAAGGAGAUGCGUCUGGAUCACUUGGAAUCAGAUGGAGGUGAUAAGGAUGACAACAGCACUUCAAGGAUUUGUCAAGAGCUUUGCUUCUGGUGAUGAUGAAACUGUAGCACCACAAGAAAAUAGAGCCACAGACUGAAGAAGAAACUAGAAGCGAAGCAAAGCAGAGUGUUUGCUCCAUGAAGAUGGAGAAAAGCAGAGAUUCAAUGAGAAGGAAGAAGAUGAAAGACCGAAACAGAGGAGCCAGCAUUGGAGAAGACUUUGGCAACGAUUAGAAAUUGGAUAACCAGAAGAACCCAUAAUAUCCACACUGGAGUUUCUGCUUAAGCUAAAUGUAUCUGAAAGAAGACGAACAAUGUCACAUAUUUUGCAUAAUUUUGUGAACUUUAACUAAGCUUUAUGAUGUUAUGUGUUUGUAUUUAGUUUAGCAUUUGAAAUAUCCCUCUAAUCAAAAAGUGUUAAAUGAAGAUUUUGUUUUUGUGUAUAUUGAUGAGAGAGACCUUAUUUUAUACUAUAAUCUUUCCAUU